AUCUCGCUCGCUGGGCUGUCCCCGUCGGCUCGAUCCCCACAGCCCAAUCAACACCAAGCCGGCCGGCCGCCGCGAGCGGGGAGGAUUGGUUCCCCAUGGCAUCGAAGCAGAUGGAGGAGAUCCAGCGGAAGCUGGCAGUGCUGGCCUACCCGCGCACCUGGUGCUGAUGGUUGAUUGGGGUUGUGCAGACUUGGCGGAGAUCGCGAAUUUCCUCGGUAUCACGCCUUCAGUCGACACUGAGGCGAUUCAGUAUGACUAUAAUCCGAAUGAAGACUAUGCCGAGACAGAGUUUAAGUUGAGGAAACAUUUGCAAUCAUUUCUUGAAACAGUAAAAUCCUUCAAUAUGAUAUACACUAAGGAAAUUCAUCCUUGGACCCACAUGAUGGAGGUGCCACAGUUGCAUGGGUUUGGUCCAGCUGCUAACCGCUUGUUAGAGGCUUAUUACACACUUUUAAAGUUCCUUGGAAAUUUGAGGAGCCUGCGAGAUUCAUAUACAGCAAUGGCAGCUGGGUCACUUUCAAAUUCAAGCGAGCCUUCAUCCGUCAUAAAAAUCAUUUCAGAAUGUGAAUCCGCGCUCACGUUCUUAAACAACAGCCUUGCCAUCCUUUCAACUUUCGUGGCACGGGAGCGGGGUGAAACGCUGUGAUUUUAUGGCCAUCUUAUACCAAGAUUCAACUCUGGUACACGGGUGUAAGCUUGUAGUGAUUCAGUUGUUUUCCUUUUGGUUUCAGUUGAGGCGCCGAGUAAAGCUUGUGUUCCCAUUGCCGGUGUGGUCGUGUAUUUGUGUGUGGUUGUUGAUUCUUUUGCAGUUGUAACUUGUGACGUUCAGUGAACAAUGGGAUGCAUAGGAAGAUUUGCCAUGCUUAACAAUGCUAUAAUGUUCUGA